AUGUCGACGCCCCGCCGCCCUGUCAGAGGAUUAGCGUCCUCUACCCCUUCACGCUUGCGCAAGCCGUCAACUCCUCAACCUCAUCAUCACCGUACCGCAGACGAGCUUGCUAUUGAGGAGGCUUCCCAGGUCCUUCACGGGGUGGAGGAACAAGAGGCGACCCCCGACGCUCUCCUCUCUCCACGUGCCCGCAGGUAUGCUGCCAUCACACAUAGACGUGAGGCCAGCGUGGACUCAACCCCCUCCUUGCUGAAGACUCUCCCCACUCGUUCGGGACAGGAAACGCGCCAAGGAGCUGAAGAUUCUGACGACGAGGCGUUGGGUGACGGUGUGACCGGACGCGACAGUGACGAGGAAGGAUACCAACGCAGCGCCGACUCUUCCUCCGAAUCGGACGCCUCAAGUGAUGACUCUGACUCUGACUCGGCCUCCGUCUCAGAUGCGUCGAGUAAUAGCGACAGCGACGAUGACGAGGACGACGAGGCUGAGCUCGAGCGCCAACUCGCGGCUGCGAAGGCUGCUGCGACCAAGACGGCGACCGUGUCGACAUCAAAAUCUUCAAUUGAGAGCGCCACUGCUCUCGGAGAAAACGAGGAGGGCGAGCUGAGACUAGAGAGCGACCAACCCAAAGAGGCACCCAUCCCAGACAUUAGCGUACCCAAGCUUCCUGCACGUCACCUCUCUCUCGCAGAUGAUGGGACAGCAUUUGCGGGCGAGGCCGAUGCUGGACCUUCUGAGUCUCGCUCUGCGCCGGAGCUCGACUGCGGCAAGUACAAGCGUGCCCUGAGCAAGCGCGAGAAGAAGGCGCAGCCUAAGAAGGCAUCGGCAUCCGAGUUGUGGGCGACAAUCCCCGCUCCACGUGACGACGAUCUUCCUCAAAUGCGCAAGGACUACCAGGCGCUUCACCUGUCUCACACUCUCGACCCCAAGCGGUUCAUGAAGGGAGGCAACAAGUCUGGCAAGGCGCCGGAUCGUUUCCAGAUUGGUACCAUGGUCGAUGCUCCUCGCCAGAUGCAGAACACUACUCUGCGCAAAGAGCACAAGUAUCGGCCAGGCCAGGUUGUCACCAAUGUCGUCGGCGACGUCGAGGCCGGAACGUACGCCAAGCGCAAGUUCGAGGAGCUCCAGAGCAAACGCAUCUUCAACGGGCGUGGCAAGGGAUGGCAGAAACGAGCCAAGUGGUAG